UAGUGCGCAUUGCAAGGCCAGAGACACAGGCAAAGGUUUUACUCAGUUACAAUAUUCUAUACAUGCACCACAUUAAUGCACAGUCAAGCACACCACUGCACUGUUGCCCCCUCGGAAACAACUCAGACCAAUGUGUAAUACCGGCUUCAUCAACUCUUUUAACACCGUGUUGAAUAAUCUAGCAUUCAACAUCCCGGGAGGCGAGGGUCAAGUUGAACGAGGGUGCGCCUAUAAAGAGUUGUCCUGGCGGCGCCUUCCCUCACACUUCCAGGCCCUGCAAGACUGUGCCCACGCUUCGCAAAAUCUGACGCGACCAUGGCAACGAACGGAUAUCACGAGACACCCGCCAGUCUCCACCAGGCAGAAAAAUCCACCCACCAUCUAAAGGCGAGGGUGAAGCAGCUGAAUGGCCUCGCUGCACCACAGCACUUCACUGCUAAUGGACACUCCAACGGCCACUCCAACGGCACGGGGGAGGAGGGCGACGAGGGGUGGUUGCUGCGCCAUGUGCUGGACCUGGUGCUGAAGACGAAGCUGGUGACUGGACUCGAUGCUUCGGAAAAAGUGGUUCACUUCAAACAUCCACACGAACUAAAGGAGGAACUGGACUUGGCGGUGGGGAAGGAAGGCUGCUCGCUGGAGGAGGCGGGGCGAGUCCUGGAAACCGCGGUGCACUACAGUGUCAAGACGCAACACCCGCACUUCUACAACCAGCUGUACGGAGGCAUCGACGAAGUGGCGCUGACCGGGGCUUGGCUUACCGAGGCUCUCAACACUAACUCGUAUACAUUCGAGGUAGCCCCAGUGUUCAUGUUGGUGGAGCACAGGGUCAUAGAACACCUGGUGGGGCUCCUGGGCUGGUCUGAAGGGGACGGCAUCUUCGCUCCUGGAGGAAGCAUCAGCAACAUGUACGGGAUGGUUCUCGCUCGCUACCGCCGCCACCCGAACAUCAAGAAGACCGGGAUAUUCGACCAGAAGCCUCUCGUGGUGUUUACUUCCGACCAGGGCCACUACUCCAUCAGCAAGAGCGCCUCGUGGCUCGGCCUGGGCAUGGACAACGCAGUGGCGGUGGCUACGGACGCCCAGGGGAGGAUGCUGCCGGCGGCGCUGAAGGAGGCGGUGAAGCUGGCGCGGGAGGAGGGGAAGGAGCCUUUUAUGGUGAACGCCACGGCCGGUACCACUGUCCUUGGCGCCUUCGAUCCCCUGGAGGAGCUGGCGGCCGUGUGUGAGCGGGAGGGACUGUGGCUGCAUGUUGAUGCGUGUUGGGGCGGCUCCGUCAUCCUCUCCCGAAGAUACAAACACUUGAUGAAGGGAAUUGACAGGGUUGACUCCAUGUCCUGGAACCCUCACAAGAUGCUGGGAACCUCACUGCAGUGCUCUGUCUUCCUCACCAAACACAAGGACCUGCUGAAGAAGUGCAACUCGGCGCGCGCCACGUACCUCUUCCAGCAGGACAAAUUCUACGACGUGGGUUAUGACACUGGGGACAAGAGUAUCCAGUGUGGCCGCAAGGUGGACGCCUUCAAGCUGUGGGUGUUCAUGAAAGUGCACGGCCUGUCCCUGCUGGAGGCGCGCGUAGAUGCCGCCUUCCACGCCUCCAGACACCUGAGCGCGGAGGUGAAGCGGCGCGAGGGCAGGUUCAGGCUGGUGCAGGAGCCUGAGUGUACCAAUGUGUGCUUCUGGUUCAUCCCGCCCAGCAUGAGAGGCAAGGAGGAGACGCCGGAGUGGUGGGUGCAGGUGUCCAAGGUGGCCCCGGCAGUCAAGGAGCGGAUGGUGCAGCAGGGAACCCUCAUGGUGGGCUACUCUCCCAUUGCCAACAAGAAACUGGUCAAUUUCUUCCGCAUGGUGACGACUUGCACGCCCACGCCCACGCCCGCCCACAUGGACUUCGUGUUGGAUGAGAUAGAGAGGCUCGGGGAGGACCUGUGAGGGGCGUGACGCUGUGAUAGAGGGAGGGAGGGUGGGAUGGGUGGUAGGGAUGUGAAUUUAUGAAUGAAUGAAUUAGUGGAUGAAUGAAUGGAUGUCUUAAGCUUACUGAGUUCUUUUAUUUAUUUUAUUUUCUCUCCGGUAUUGGAAAAGGAGGGAAGGUUUAAAUGGGUGGCACUAUACAUGGAUGGAUGGAUGGAUGAGUAAAUGGCUGUUCUGUGUCGUAAGCUAAGAGAUUUUUUUUUCCCCUGAUCUCUGGUUAAGGCAUGCUCGUUAUUACGCUUUAGGUGUUUUCAAUGCUGUGUAUCUCCAGAUUCUAUUGGGUUACUGUGCACAAUAAAUUACUUCCACUAUU